AUGGCCUUUCGGAGCAUUUCUUCUUAUUUCUCACUCCUUGGCCUCCUGUCUCUCAUCCUUCUCCACCCUAUAAUCACCACCACCGCCGGAAUCCGCCUGCAUGUCGCCCGGAAACCGUCCUCCACCACCAACCCCCCCUUUCGCGAGGCUCCGGCUUUUCGCAAUAGCAAUACAUGCAGCUCAAAUGUAAAAGAUAAUAUUCAUAUUGUCAUGCCCCUUGAUACGAAUUACAUUCGAGGUACAAUGGCAGCUGUUUUAUCCAUAUUGCAACAUUCAACGUGCCCCGAAAAUGUGUCAUUCCACUUCCUUUUGGCUCAUCUUGAGCCCGAAAUCUUUUCGUUGAUCAAAUCCACCUUUCCUUACCUUACAUUCAAAAUGUAUCGAUUCGACUCAAAUAUGGUUCGAGGAAAAAUAUCCAGGUCCAUUCGACAAGCCUUGGAUCAACCACUAAAUUACGCGCGUAUUUACAUGUCUGACAUUCUUCCUCUAGAUGUCGAACGGGUUAUAUACUUAGAUUCGGAUAUCAUUGUGGUGGAUGACAUUGCAAAGCUAUGGGAAGUUGAUUUAGGUGACAAAAUAUUGGCUGCACCAGAAUAUUGCCGUGCAAAUUUCACAAACUAUUUUACAGACACAUUUUGGUCAGAUGUAAAUUUGGCAACAACGUUUGAAGGGCGUAGGCCAUGUUAUUUCAACACCGGGGUAAUGGUGGUGGACAUCGACAAAUGGAGAAAAGGAGGGUACUCACAGAAGGUUGAGGAAUGGAUGGCAUUUCAAAAACAGAAGAGAAUAUAUCAAUUAGGAUCAUUGCCACCUAUUUUGCUUGUUUUUGCAGGGAACAUCAAGGCGGUGGAACAUAGAUGGAAUCAACAUGGAUUAGGUGGUGACAAUUUUGAAGGCAAUUGUAGAGUUCUUCAUCCUGGUCCAAUUAGCCUCCUACAUUGGAGUGGCAAGGGUAAACCAUGGUUAAGAUUGGACUCAAGGAAGCCGUGCACGGUUGACUAUUUGUGGGCCCCAUACGAUCUCUAUCGUUCCUCUAGAGUUGCAUUAGAAGAAUGA